AAUAGCAGCACAGCUCCGGUCGUUGUUGCACUUCCUGAGGCGACGAGCAGCGCUACGCCAAGAUGUCACUGUCCCUGGCAGGGGUGUGCAGAGGUUCGGCUCUCGUGUUAUUGCACGGAAUUCGACCUGCCGGGGUUAAGAAUGGCAUAUGUACCCCAGUUUUGGUUUUCUCGAGAUUAAGCCUGACCCUGUGUAACCAUUACUCGUCCUCCAAAGCCAGGCUAGGGCUGAGCCGACACGUGGCGUCCAGGCUACGGUGGGCGAAUGAGAAGUAUGAGAAAUUUCUUCAGCGUCGUUUCCCCCGCUUUUAUGUUCUGUAUCACACUUUUAUGACAGGAUUUCGGCUUCUUUUCCAAAACGCCAAGGAGGUCAGAAUAAUAAAGACCAAGAUGAUCAGCAACAAUGUAAAAUUCCAGAAUCUUUCCUACCGUGAGAUGGAGACACUGAGACAGUUUCGCCGAGACAUGAUAAAAGCCAUCCCCCUGGUGCUGAUCUCUGUCCCUCCUUUUGCCAACUACUUGGUCUUUGUUCUCAUGUAUUUCUUCCCCCGGCAGCUCCUGAUUCGUCACUUCUGGACGCCACGACAGCAGGUCGAAUUCCAGAGGAUCUACCACAGCCGUCGAGCCGAGAACCACGUGGCCAUCCUGACGGGUCUAACCAAGACAGUGCCAGCUGUUGGGGACAGCCGCUUACAGAGCCGGCUUCUAGACCUUUGCAAUAAGGUACAAAGUGGUGCACAACCUAGUGUGCCCGAAAUCCAAGCAGUCAAAGGCCUCUUCUCCGGGCCGCCCCUGGGAAUGAAGAGGCUGGACGCCGAUCACAUGAGACUUCUCUGCCCCUUGUUCUUUUUGACCCCCUGGCUUCCAGCCUUCGCCGUCAGCCACCGUCUGCGCGGCCAGGCUUUGGAGCUGCUGCAGCUCGACCGCGCUCUGCAUCGGCUGGGUGUGCAUGAACUUAGCGAGUCUGAGCUCCGGCAGGCCUGUUACUUGCGAGGGGUCGACUCAAGCCGUCUCAGCGUCGCUGAGUGCCAGGAUUGGCUGAUCCAGUGGCUCAAGCUGUCCAAUCAGCUCAAAGAGUCAGAAACAUCUUUGCUGUUGCAUAGUAUGGUCCUGCUAUCUGCCAACUAUCCUAAACCAUUUUACCUCUGACUGAAGAUGAUUGCAGUCUUCUCUUCCAUUUCUACAUUGCAGCCAUCUUUAAUGACAGACAGCAAGAAGCGUUGGAGGAGGGGUGAUGAAUUUAUUUUUAAAGGGUUGAGUGUCAUUCACACACCUUCAUGCAAGUCUCACAUCAGGCUUGGUUAAAGCUAAGGCCCCUUAUGUUGUUUGCACUCUGGACGUGUUCGUAUAAAUGGCCACACUUUAUUUUUUGCACGGGUACAGAGUACAUGGGAAUCAUAAAGACAAUAAAAUGUGAAAAAUGUCGACCUACCUUUCUCUUAUAAAAGGCAUUCCUUUUAAAACACAGUAGUGAGGAAAAUGCAUUUCCUCCAUUUGCCUUGCUUAACACACGAAUGUGUAGUUUUACUGUCCAUAGCUGAACUGUGUCGCUAACGGGUAUUUUUCCUUUGUGAUGCAUGACUUUCAGUUGCGGCCAGAGCAUGCUUCUGCAAAAAAAGGAAGCAUUCUAUAAUUGUUUCUAAAACAGUUCCCCAAGACCAUCUUGUUUUUUGAUAUUUACUUUUGACCUAUGCAUGGAUCAUCCUGAUAAUUCAGUGUUUGAAUUAUAAAUAUUAAUUUAUACUGAAUUCUUUAAAUUGAAGAUGGGUGUCUAGAUUUUUGUAUACAGAAUUGGGACACAGAAAUUAUGUAUUAUAGUUCAAGAGAAAUUAUGUUUACGGUCUAACUUUUGGCUUUUAAGCAGUCUAUUUCUGUUGUGCCCUGAAUUGUAUUUGUCGCUUUUAGUACAAGUAAUUUAUUUCAUUAUUCAUUCCACUUCGCUUGAAAUUUUAUUUGUGCUUAUCACCAUAUUGAAAUACCAAACAAAAUACAGUCCUUGGAGUGGGAGCAAUGGGGUUUAAUGAUCACCAGUUCUACCAGUGAUCUGUUCUUGGUGCUUUUUAUUUAUUUGGCUUAUAGUCUUUGUGCUACAUAAUGUGGAGUUUUUUGUUUUUCUUUUUUUACAUAUUCAGGCAGUCAUUUUCAACAAUACUGCUUUAAUAUUUACAGCAUAAAAUUUGACAGGUGUAAUGUAAAUAUAGUUGGUGUCUUCAUGUCUGGACUGAGUUCACUUUCAAGUUUACUCUGAGUAUUUGUGCCACAGAAAUUAAAUUGAAUAGAAUAUUCAAUAGAAGACUUUAUUUUUGAGUGAGAAAAAUGAAGGCAAUGCUAAUAUCACCCAAGUAAUUGGAAAUAUCUGCCUUUCAGAUAUAUUUAGGCUUAAAUUACAGAAGGAAAUAAAUUUCAAUGGUAAAUAUUUUGUCCCAGUUAUAUAAUGCAGCAUAAUGUGAUGAGCAAAAGAGAAAUAAAACCAGGUAAAAUAAAAUGCUUUUUGUCUUCA